ACGUCACAUUGUUUGUGUAAAGAGAGCGCAAGAGCGUAACCUUUCUCUUAGUGCUUCAUAAAAUAAUAAUACAAAAACCAGCUGCAAUUUUAAUGGAAACCAAAACAAAAGAAAUAUUAUCAGUGUCAAACGGAAUUUAGAAAAAAAAACAAACAUUUUUUGCAAUUUGCAAAGGCAGCUGUGUGACGAUAAGUUAAAAAAGGAAGGAAAAGGGCAACCACAAAGCAGAUAUUGAACUGCAUAUCUUGUGGUUGAGUCUGCAAAAGUAAAUGUGGAUGGAUGUGGGAAUCGCCCGCAUAAUCCACAGAUUCAUUGACAAUUUCACUGCGACAACAGCAGAAAGAGAAAAUCAAAUCAAAGUGCAACGAUGACUGAAGAUAACGUUAAGUUGCCACUGAAGCAGGCCGAGGUGUCGGUGCAGCGUUUCCAGGACAUGGCAGUUCCUCAUCAUCUCGGACUAUUGCAGAAUCAUCGCAGCAACAUAGAAAAGAGUUUGGCACUCGGCGAUUGGCAGAAGAUCAAGAAGGAGGAGCUAAAUGCGAUGCGAGUGAUAAAACAGAUCAAGAAUCUGCUUCUGGAAAUGGACACACUGCGGGAGAAGCUGCGGGAUGAGGAUAAACCGCGAUUUGAUGAGCUCAUAAAGCCCGGAAGAACCAAAGCCUUUGACGGCAUGAACAAGUUUGCAGCCCUGCAGCUGAAGUCGCCGAGUUCCACGCUGGGUUCGCAGUACGACGAGGAUCAAGUCGUGGAUAUAGAUAAUGUGCCUGCUUUGCAGAGCACGCUGCCACAGCUGCAGGCAGAUUUCCACCUGGAGGAGCAUCAAUUGGCCCAGCGACAAGCCUGCUUGGAUCAAAUGCAGCGUUUACAACAUGAAAUCUACGAUCUGCAGGGUGUUUUCCACACGAUGAGAGAGCUGACCCAGGAACAGGCAGUGAGCGUGCAGUCCAUAGCGGAUAAUGCAGAGGAAGCACUGGAAAAUGUCCAAGUGGGAGAGGGAUAUCUACGCAAUGCACUCACCUACAAGAAGGCCAUGUAUCCGGUGGUGGGUGCUCUGCUGGGCACCUGUGUGGGUGGACCCAUUGGCAUGGUGGCUGGCAUGAAAGCCGGCGGAUUGGCAGCCGUGGGAUGCGGCAUUCUUGGAUUUACGGGUGGCUCUGUAUUAAAAAGCAAUCCUAAUGUUAUGCACGGCAGCAUUGAGGAGCAGCAAGCACAACAGGAGACGGACUCAACUGAAACUAUGGAACUGGCAGAGAAAUCCGAAUGACCCUUGACUUCGUCUCGGGCUCUGGUUAGCACGGACAUGUGGACAGCAAAUACACGUCGUCUGGAUGCGGUUACCACAGGCGUCUUGAGCAGCAUGCGCAGCUAUUGUUCCAUACAGUAGAGUCUA